AUGGAAUUCCAAUACAUGUUUAAAUAUAGGAUAAAUCAUAACCAACUGAUCGUAAAAAAAGUCCAAGAUAGGAACAAACAGUAAUGGGUAUUGAUACAAUUAGAAUUACCUAUCAAUACCCAUAGUCCGAAGCCAACGAAAAGCUAAUUUUUUGUUAUUUUUUUAUUAAAUAUUUUUUAUAAAUUUUUUAUAAUGACUUUUUUCUUAGGCAUUUUAUAUCCUAGUGUUGGAUUUAUUAUUAAUUCACUUUUUUUAUAAACAUGCUAACAAAAAUCAACAAAUAACAAUUGUUUCUAAGAGGAGGAGGUUGUGGAAUGUCAAAUACUAAUAUUGAUCAAUAAUCAGAAAAAAAUGACAUUCAAACUUAAGUUUAUGAUUUCUUUUCGAAGUUCAAUCACUAUAUUUAGAUAAUAGAAUCUAAGGCAUCUGUUGCAGCUAAUUAAUAGGAAUCAUCAGAAAUAAUGAUAGCAAUACAGUGGUUUAUUUUUUAAGAGGAAAACAUCUACAAAAUCAAUAAGAAUGUAUAAAGUGUUAAGAAAUCAUACGACUUAAUUUUAGAUGGAAUUAGACGUUAAUUGAUAAGCUGCUAGACCUACAUCAGAUCAGAUUCCUUCAAAUGUUUGUAUAUUUUAUAGAUUAAAACAUUCCUUUCUAAAGUAAUAUUUAGCUUUCAUUUAAUGAAUGAUGAGAGAUUUAUGAAAUGUGAAAUCUAAAUUAUUUUCUGGAAAUUUGUGAUGAAUUACAAUAAUAAAUGGAACUAUUUCUUUUCUUAACCAAAACUUCUUUUGAGAUUGCUCUUAUUAAUAGUAAAGACAAGGAAGAAAUAUUAAAAGGAUCCUUAAAAGGUAUUGUAGGUUCUCUAAUCCAAAUUAGCCCUGA